CACCCCCCCCCACCCUCCCCACCCGCUGGAAAUACAAGCCGGGCCUCGGCGCGCCUUGUGUGGUAACACGCUCCGCCGCUGCCACGCUAUUUAAACGCGGGUUAUGGAUCCAGGAACCGGCGCGAAUCAAUGAGAUCAAACGCGAGGGAGAUGCACCGUCAAUUACAAGCACUUGGACAAGUCUAACUUUUUCUUCUUUUACAAAUACGCUUUCAAAAGCAACCUUAGCAAUGCCCAAAUAAGAAGCCACCUCUAAGCAAAAUAGUAUAUAUAAAGGGAGGGCGAAUAUAUAUAUUUAUAAAAAGUAUAUAUAUAAAUCUAUUACAGGCGUACAGGUUUACACCCGGUGAACUUUUUCUUUUUCUUUUUCUUUUUUUUAAACGAGUGGCAUUGCAAAGGAGGACUCUUCCUCUCUAUCUUUUGGCGAGUUAGUGAAGGGGGUAUUCUGUUUUCUUAGAGCGCCCAAGGGGGCGCAGGGACCUCGGAGAGAAGAGUGGGGAGGAAAGAGGAAGGGUCGGUGGGGGGCAGAGGGCGAGUCCGCAGCGAGGGCAGGCGCUUUCCUGCGGCACGAUGCCGUCCCUGCUGGUGCUCACUUUCUCCGCGUGCGUCCUGCUCGGUUGGGCGUUGCUGGCCGGCUGCACGGGUGGCGGUGUCGGCGGGGGCGCGGGCCCGGGCGGCGGGCGCCGGGAGAGAGAGGCGCUGCCGCCGCAGAAGAUCGAGGUGCUGGUGCUGUUGCCCCAGGACGACUCGUACCUGUUCUCCCUGGCUCGGGUGCGGCCGGCCAUCGAAUACGCGCUGCGCAGCGUGGAGGGCAACGGGACCGGGCGGCGGCUUCUGCCACCCGGCACUCGCUUCCAGGUGGCCUACGAAGACUCGGACUGCGGCAACCGCGCACUCUUCAGUCUGGUGGACCGCGUGGCGGCGGCGCGGGGCGCCAAGCCCGAUCUCAUCCUGGGGCCUGUGUGCGAGUACGCGGCGGCGCCGGUGGCCCGGCUAGCGUCGCACUGGGACCUACCCAUGCUGUCGGCCGGGGCACUGGCAGCCGGCUUCCGGCAUAAGGACACGGAGUACUCGCACCUCACGCGCGUGGCGCCCGCGUACGCCAAGAUGGGCGAGAUGAUGCUCGCCCUGUUCCGCCACCACCAGUGGAGCCGCGCCGUGCUGGUCUACAGCGACGACAAGCUGGAGCGGAACUGCUACUUCACCCUCGAGGGGGUCCAUGAGGUCUUCCAGGAGGAAGGCUUGCACACGUCCGCCUACAAUUUUGAUGAGACCAAAGACUUGGAUGUGGACGACAUCGUGCGCUACAUCCAGGCCAGUGAGCGAGUGGUGAUCAUGUGUGCAAGCAGCGACACCAUCCGCGGCAUCAUGCUGGCGGCGCACAGGCACGGGAUGACCAGUGGAGACUACGCCUUCUUCAACAUCGAGCUCUUCAACAGUUCUUCCUACGGAGAUGGCUCGUGGAAGAGGGGAGACAAACACGACUUUGAAGCUAAGCAAGCGUACUCAUCCCUCCAAACAAUCACUCUACUGAGGACAGUGAAACCUGAGUUUGAGAAGUUUUCCAUGGAGGUGAAAAGUUCUGUUGAGAAGCAAGGGCUCAGUGAGGAGGAUUAUGUUAACAUGUUUGUUGAAGGAUUCCACGAUGCCAUUCUCCUCUACGUCCUGGCUUUACAUGAAGUACUCAGAGCUGGUUACAGUAAGAAGGAUGGAGGGAAAAUUAUCCAGCAGACUUGGAACAGAACAUUUGAAGGUAUUGCCGGGCAGGUGUCCAUAGAUGCCAACGGAGACCGGUACGGGGAUUUCUCCGUGAUUGCCAUGACCGACACGGAAGCGGGCACGCAGGAGGUUAUUGGUGAUUACUUUGGAAAAGAAGGUCGUUUUGAGAUGCGGCCGAACGUCAAAUACCCUUGGGGACCUUUAAAGCUGAGAAUAGAUGAAACCAGGAUGGUGGAGCACUCAAACAGCUCUCCUUGCAAAGCAUCAGGUGGCCUAGAAGAGUCAGCGGUGACAGGAAUUGUUGUGGGAGCCUUACUAGGAGCUGGUUUGCUAAUGGCCUUCUACUUUUUCAGGAAGAAAUACAGAAUAACCAUUGAGAGGCGAAACCAGCAAGAAGAAAGCAACGUUGGAAAACAUCGGGAGUUACGGGAAGAUUCCAUCAGAUCCCAUUUUUCGGUGGCUUAAAAGGAAGCCUAUUCUUUUGGCUUGAGAUUCUUUAAGGAGAUAAAUGGGAUGAAAAACAUCAAUGGAACAGAAGGGGCGCUCUUGAAAAACUCAUUCUUUUAAGCAGUUAGUCAUUUUGUUGUAAAAUUUCUUUAGAAGCUCAGGAACUGUUAUUAAUCACCCUAUGCCUCCCGGCCUUUCAUCUCAUGACAAACAAAUAUAAGAAUAUAACGUCACUUUGUUAAAUGUUCAUACUGUUUCAAGGGCACAUGAUCAGAUUUAUGUUUUGAAGGUCUGAUGUCUCUAUAUCUUGAUGGCUUUUGGGGGGAUUUUAUGCAAGGCUAUAAAAUGUGUUUUUCUUAAAUGAAAUGUUUUAUAGCUAGAAUAAAAUAAUUUUUACAAGUAGAAUAUUCUUGAAAAGAAUUUAACCCCAAGAAGAAGAAAACGUAAUGAAAAAUCUCAAGGUAGGAAGUACAUCAUUCCUUUCUCUAGUGCUGGUGGACAGAUCUGAGGUUGAAAACUGCUCUGUCCGAUGUAUACAUUCAGGUCCUGACUUCAUAUCUUGAAAAAGAAUCCCCCCCUGCCCCCCGUCUCCUUCAGCGUCUCAUAAAAGCUACUCUGAAAAGUUGUAACUAUUAAUAAGUUAAGAAGAUUUAUACAAGAAAAGCAAAUCUGUUUCAUUUUUUAAUAUAAAAAAGCCCUAUUUCACACUAACACUUUAUUUUUAAGUAUUUUAAUCUUAUAUUUUACUAUUAGAAAAUGUGUCUAUUUUUUCAUUUUGAAGAUUAAAUUUCACUUAUAUUUUAAAAGCAUGGGUAAAGUGUACAACAAACCAAUAAUGAUGAAAGAUGCCUCUCUUUUUCUCCCUGUUUUCCUCUUCCCCGCGGCUGUAGCCCAAUACGAAUUGCUGCUUUAAUUACAGAGAUCUGGAAAUGUAUUCAGAUUAUAGACUCUACAGGAAUACAUCAAUUUACCUGUUUUAAAUGCAACUUGUUUUAGGGAUAGACUCCUUCCAGUUCUGGCCAGUGAUGAGUAUCAAGACCAAGGAUGAAAUUUAAUAGAAUUAAGUCAGGUUUUAUAAAAGGGAGGCGGUCCUUUUUUCUCAAGAAGAACUUUAUAGCGUUAGAACUUGACAGUAAGCACAGAAACGACACACUUAAUAAAUGACAUUUUACCAAAAUUCACAAUGAUGAUUUUGGUUAAAAGAGGGAAUCUAAAUAGCUACUAUAUUCCCUUUUAGUAAACUCCAGAGAGCCUUGCAGUCAUCCACUAAUAACCCAUGUAACAGGGGUAGGGAUAUGAGGAAUUUGGACAGGGUUGAAUAAGUAUAUACCAAAUCUCUACUUUGUUCCUAGUACUCUGCUCAUAGGUUUAAACUCAGGUUGCCGCUUUCUUGUAUAAUUUGUGGAGAAAAUAGACAGUGAGGGAAGAAUAGGAAGUUGCCAGAUCAGUGUACCACCUUAUCAUGACGUCGUGAGGGUCUUUCCUCAAUAAUGUUUGGAGCAGCUGGAAAAUAGUUUUAAAAAUUAUCUUAAUGUCUGGAAAAGACCAUCUAUAGGAGGAAAAUAGGGCAGUUUAAGAAAAUAGGGGAAUCCCGGAAUUGGAGCAAUUCCUAGGUAGUGAUGGAGGCUGUGGCUCACACUGGUAAUGGUGGAGGUGAGGCAGGGCGAGUGAGAGCCGCGUGUCCUGGAAGUUGGCCUGAGCUUGCUUCCCUGGAGGCAUCCACCACUCUUACUUCAGCCAGUCAAAGUGAAUGGAUUAUUUCUGCGUGAGGCACAUUUCCCCUCUAUUGUUUAAGAGUGGAACGCAGGUAGUUGGAGAACAUGAUAAAAGAAUGAACUCUGAUCAACUCAAAGAACUAUGUUGUAGUUCUCCAUGCUGGGUGCGAAUGCAAAAGUGCUGAAUUCAAAACAGGAUGGAAAAAGAAGGCAAGAGAGGCCAGCUCCAGAAAUUCUGACACAGGAAGACAGUUUGGGAAGUAAAAUCCAGGAAAGCGACGCGUGUAACAUCUCAGGACUCCUCAACGUGAAAACAGCAUGGAAGAGUUGCAUCCUUCUUAUUUUUUGAUCUUUAGAACUAUAGAAUGACCUAUAAUUUAGUUCCUCUUCAGUGAGAAGCUUGGGACACACCCAGCAAGAAGAAUCAGGAUCAAGCUCUUCCGAAAUAAACAGAAGAGGGUAGUGUUGCCAGCUGCCAGCAUCUUUACCACCCUUCCCCCCACCCCCCUAUCCACUGUCCACCAUGGCUCCAAAGAUGCAUCAGCAUCAUGCCCAUGCAGGUAGCAGCUUGCGAAUAGAACCUCCAUGCUUCCUCAGGGGGAAAGAAGCCAACGUGCUGGCUGUAAGAAUGUAGCUGGCUUUUGAUCAGAACCCUUACCUAACUUGACCACGUGCUCCCAGGGCAGUUCAAGCCUCUGAUGUGCAUAUACUCCAACAAACCUGGCUUCAGUUUGCAGCAUGUAGAGCUUGCAAGUGUGCCCCCAUAGCUAGACUCCAGGAUUAAAUCGACUUUCAAAAGGUGCUGGAUUGGAGUUUGUUCAAAUUUCUCAUUAACCACUAAUGUUAAUUCAUACCAAAGGCAAAGCAAUUCUAAACCAGCUGAUGCUGUUAAUGUUCAUAUUCUAAGCCACUUCAAGCACAGUGAAAGGGUUUCAGUGGGAGCUGAGUCUCAGAAGUAAAAAUCCAUAUGGUACAAUAGCUCUUUGAUGUAUCAGGUGUGGGAUGAUUCCUAGGGUACAUAUUUGAACAAGCAGAAUUAAGAGUUAGCAAAAGUGCUGCAUUGCUUUGAUUCACAUGUUUAAAGACCUAAAUUUCUACGUGCAAGGAAUAAAGGGCCCAUUCACCAGGGUAAGUCACAACAUAGGCUACCAAAGUGUUUUCUAUUUGCUAGGAGAACAAAGCUGUCAUAGCACAUAAUAAUUGUGCAGAGAAGGUUGAGAAAGAGGAAAAUUUGGAUUUUGAGACAGGAUGUCCUAUUUAUUAUUCAAUGCCAAGAUCUUAAAAUGUUCAGUGUGGUGUGUCUUACAAGACAGCAAUGAGGUGCCCGUAACAGCCUGGAGAUGCUGUGAGUUUGCACAUCUUUCUGCUGGGUCCUGGGAAUCUGAGCUUUGUUCCCUGUGCAUGGUGCAUAAUUGAAUCCAAGAGGACACAGAACAGACACGUGGGGGAUUACUUCUGCAGCCCUUGUCUUCUGGGCCAUAUUAUUCACUGAUAAUUUACAUAUAGGACUACCGAAUAAUACACACCUACCAUGAGUCUGGUAGAAAAGUAAAAGUAAAAGCUGACAACUACAUACAGUUUAUUAUUCUAAUGUAAGUAGAACUAUCUGCAUAUAAUGUGAUUUAAUUUAUUGUUGUUUUGUGUAGAAAAUGAGAAUUAAUGACUGUGGAUAUAACCCCUGUUUUGUAUAAUAUAUUUUAUUUCUGGUGCAAAUUGGUCAUUUAAGAUAUCUUCAUUUGGUGUUUGGAUAUAAAUGUGUAUGUGUUCUUGUAAAUGUUUCUGUUAAGCAAGAAUGCCACAUGCUCACAGUAUAACAAUGUGUUCUCAUUAAAAAAAUACA